CAUGUUUGUUUCAAAGCACAGCGAUGCGCACGCGACCGGAGUUAUUCAUUCUAAAAGUCGUCGUUGGGCAACACCGCCCUUCUGUAAUGUAACGGUAGGCGCUAUGUUGAGAACGAGCACACCUUCCGGAAGUGCUAGCUACAUUUGUUUACAAGGGGACAAGUCACGCUGACAUCCUACUAGAAAUCGUUUAAACGUCUGCCCCCGUCGUUGGGUGUUGGAUAUUUAACCGCUGCAAACAUGUCGGAGUCCGGGCACAGCCAGCCCGGGAUGUACGGCCAGGGGAGGAGGAGGAGGCGACGCCGGGGGGAGAGAGAUGUUGGACCACCGGGACAAAAUCUGUCUGGGCCCAGCCGCGAUCGGGAAUACCAGCCGAGGGAACGGAGGGACGGGAGUGAGGAUCCACCAGGUCCCAUUAUCCAGAAAACGCCCAUCAUUCUUGCAAAGCCUCCAGGUGAAAGGACCAAACCCUCACAGAAUACGCCCGUCAGUGGAGCCCCAGUCCUGGAGAAGCCCAUCAUGCUGAUGAAAGCUAGAGAUGAUGGAGGGAAGCCAGGGAUCCCUCCAGAGGCUGCAGCUCAAGCCACUGGUCCUGGACCCUCCAAGAUAGAAAGGGAAGGACAGAGACCUACGCAACCUGUUUACCAGAUCCAGAACAGAGGAAUGGGGGCUUCAGCAUCUGGCAACGCGGUGGACCCCAUGGUCGGUCAGUCCAAACUCCUUCAUCCGGAGAAGAUGAAGCACAGCAUUAAACUGGUGGAUGAUCAGAUGAAUUGGUGUGAUAGUGCCAUGGAGUACCUGAGGGACCAGACAGACAUGUUGGUGGUGGGAGUCAUUGGCCUGCAGGGAACUGGGAAAUCUACCAUUAUGUCACUGUUAUCUGCCAAUACACCUGAAGAAGAUCAAAGGGGUUACGUCUUUAGAUCCCAGAGUCAAGAAAUCAAGGAAAGAGGAGGCAAUCAAAGCACAGGUAUUGACUUCUUCAUCACACAGGAGAGAGUCAUCUUUUUGGAUACGCAGCCUAUUCUCAGUCCAUUUAUACUCGACCACGUUAUCAACAACGAUCGAAAGUUGCCUCCAGAAUACAACCUUCCGCACACAUAUGUGGAAAUGCAGUCCCUUCAGAUCGCCGCCUUCCUGUUCACUGUGUGCCACGUAGUUAUAGUGGUUCAAGACUGGUUUACCGACAUAAACCUGUACAGGUUUCUGCAGACUGCCGAGAUGCUGAAGCCCUCCACUCCAUCCGCAAGUCACGACAGCACCGGCUCCUCAGGCAGCGAUGACGGAGCGGAGUACUAUCCUCAUAUAGUUUUUCUCCAGAAUAAGUCCAGACGAGAAGAUUUCUGUCCCAGAAAUUUUAAGAACAUGCAUAUGGUGGUGGACAAACUAAUGGCACAUUCUCAUCUUAAAUACAAAGGUACAUUGUCCAUGUUGGACUGUAGCAUCUUUCCAGGCCUGGCGCAGGAAUACCUGGACACCGAAGUCAACAUGUUUCUGCUUCCGGUUCAAGAACAUGAUGGAGAGGAUCUGAACAAAGCAGGGGCAGGAACAUACCCGCUGUUCUCUCUGCUGCCCGGUUACAGAGGUCACCCCACGUUCUCCACCAUGGUUUCGAAGCUCCGCAGCCAAAUCCUGGCCAUGCCUCGCUGUCAGCUGUCACACACCAUUCUCACUGAGAAAAACUGGUUUCACUAUGCCGCUCGUAUCUGGGAUGGUGUUAAAAAGUCUUCGGCCCUAUCUGAAUACAGCCGCCUCCUCUGCUAGCAUCAGGGUUAAAUUACAGAUGUACAAAGACAUUUUUAUGUUUAUUAUUAAAGAGCCAGACUUGUGCGUUAUAAUGAUGAACUAUUAAGUUUAAAUCUCUGCAUACAGCACAAUGUUUAAGGAGAGAACCAGUUAGAAGUCAAUGCUAGAUUCUUGCUUUUGUAAGUUAUGCUUUUGUAAGUUAUUCCUGUUUGAGAAAAACACAAAAUAACAAUAAAAAAGGCAGAAGUGAAAAAACUGAAA